GAUUGACGCUGUCAUUCCUAAUCUGUUUGAAGCAUGCCAUCUCAGGUCAUUAUAAACACCUUUGCAGGCCUCAAGCCUCUCUGUCUUCAGUUUCCAGAUGAUUCCCCAAGCGAGAGCCCGUUGCUGGUUGAAGAUCUCAAAUUCCGCCUUACCUCCAUCCUAAAUAUUCCUGCUGACGUCCAACGUCUUACGACUGAAGGAGGCCGCUCCCUAGACAACAAUGACAUCCUGUUCCCUACAGAAAAUACAUCCAGAGAUGUGUUUCCACCUGUCUUCAACCUCCUUCUUCGCCUUCCGGGUGGAAAAGGUGGCUUUGGUAGUAUGCUCAGAGCCCAGGGUGGGAAAAUGGCGUCUCAAAAGACGACAAACUUUGAGGCAUGUAGAGAUUUAUCUGGGCGUAGAUUGAAGACGGUGAACGAUGCCAAAAAGUUGGCAGACUACCUGGAGAAAGAACCUGAGCGGAAACGUAAGAGGCAAGAAGAGUUGAUGAAAAAGAUUGAAGAAGGUUUAAAGGAGCCCCAGAAGCAGAAAAUCAGAUAUCAUGACCCGGAGUUUGUGAGUAGUCACGAAAAGGUGAUGGAGGAUGUGAAGGAUGCGGUGACGAAGGCGUUAGCAGCGGCACCUAGCAAGGCGGCUGCCCCACGAAAGCCUUCCCCACCAGCACUGGCUCAACCGGCCGCAGAUCUGUCCCAAUGGGAUGCAUUGUCCGAUGCUGAGGAAUCUGAAGAAGAGGAAGAAGAGGAAUGGGAGGAGGAGCAGGCUGGAGAGGGAAGCUCCGCGGGCGGUAGCAGCGAAACGACAGUGCCACCGCUUGGCAAAGGCAAAGGCAAAGAAGUCGAUGUAUCAGCUUGAGAAUUUGAUGUGUAAUUCGUUGAAGUCAAUUUUGUGUAUAGUAUUAUCUGCUUUCUAGUUCAAUAAUAACUUAUUUACAAUCGCAA